GGCCCAAUCUUCCUCGCACAACCAAUUACUUUCGUCGGUCAGUCGACGGAAAAUGUUCCAACGCCAGAAAAUCUCGUACGAACGGAUUUUCCGCAGUCACAACAGCAGUCACAACCCCCUCAACCUCAGCCACAAUGUUCGACGACCCCAUCCACUUCGGCUACGUUGACUGCUCCGGAUUCUUCUCCUCGAGCAAAGAAACCAUGCGUGCAGACUAGCAUAGAACAGCCUACGGAGGUCCUCACUUGGCUCUUAGAAGCGGAAGAAGAGUUGAGUCUUCUGGAAGAAGUGAAUGAAAAUGAUCUAACGGUAGUUCGCAAGCAGUUCAAAGAUUUUGAAAACUUCAUGUCAUCACUUACGGAAAGUACACCUAUGGAUGUGGCUGAAAAAGUAAAUGAGUACGCAACUGUUGCAGCUUUUUAG